AUGGAAAACGGUGGGCCUAAUGUUGGACAACUACACGGUGGUGGCAUAUCUAAACAAACAGGGGGGCAGUGUCUCACUGGAUCUCUGUUGCCUGGCAGUACAAAUCCAGGAGUUAGCAGAGGAAAUGGACAUCACCCUCAAAGCAAGAUAUAUUCCGGGCAAGAAAAAUGUUUGGGCGGACCAUCUGAGCAGGAGGGGACAGAUAAUCAACACAGAAUGGUCCCUCCAUCAAGAAGUAGCAGAUGGCCUGAUAAAGAGGUGGGGCUCUCCUUAGAUAGACCUCUCUGCCACCGCAUGGAACAGGAAGCUGCCAGUGUUCUUCUCCCCACUCCCAGACCUGCAGGCAGCGGGAGAGGAUGCCCUCCUGCAGGAUUGGAAGAACCUGGACGCUUAUGCCUUCCCGCCUUUCCCCCUCCUCCAGAAGAUCUUUCAGAAGAUUCGCUACUCACAGAACCUACGAGUAACCUUAGUUGCUCCUUGAUGGCCGGAAGCCCCAUGGUUCCCAGAAGUGCUAGAUCUCCAGUUGGAGGACCCGGUAAGCCUACCAGACAGAGUGGAUCUUCUCUCCCAACCCAACAACGGACGCCUACACCCAAAUCCGUCAGCCCUCCGCUUACACGGGUUCAGACUGUCAUCAAAAUCCUCCUUGGUAGAGGUUUUUCCAGACAGUUAGCUGAGGACAUGGCCAAUCCUGUGAAACCAUCCUCAGGCAGAUUGUACCAGGGAAAGUGGCGACUGUUUCAGGAUUGGUGUCAAGAUAAAGGCAUUGCCCCAGACGAGGCCACCAUCCCUCAACUAGCGUGUUUUUUCCACCACCUCAGAAAGGAUAAACAACUAUCCAUAUCGGCAGUGGAGGGUUAUAGAGCGGCUUUGAAUAAAGUAUUCUCGUUGAAAGGCAUGGACCUCGCUGCAUCUCCAGAAAUUUUGUUGCUCUUCAAGCACUUUAGGAAGACCUGUCCCCCGAGAGAGCUACGGACUCCCCACUGGGAUGUGGCCUUAGUCCUGAAAUCCUUGAGAGGUCCUCCCUAUGAGCCCUUACAUUCAGCUUCCUUGAAGAACCUCACCUUGAAGACCCUUUUCCUCUUAGCCCUGGCAUCUUCGAAGAGGGUCAGCGAACUUCAUGCACUGUCCUACGAAGUGUCACACACCAGGCGUUGGAGGGAGAUGGGGUUCUCGUUUGUCCCUGGCUUUGUAGCCAAGACUCAAGACCCAUCCAAGCCAGAUGAGAUGUUUUCCUCUUUUACCAUUCCUUCCUUGGGAGAUUUUACCGGCUUUGAUAAAGAGGAACUGAUUCUAUGCCCGGUCAGAGCCAUGAAAGCCUACCUCAAGAGGACUAGACAGUUCAGACCAGCUAUCAAGUGGCUGUUCGUGGCCACGGGCAAGCAUCCGAAAGAGGUGGCUAAGAAUACCAUCUCCUUCUGGAUCAGACAAGUUAUAAGAAGGGCCUACGAAAACAAGGAAGUACCAAUGCCGAAGGUGAGGGCUCACGAAGUUAGGGGCAUAGGCUCCUCUAUGCUCUUCAGGAAGAACCUCUCAGUGAGUCAGGUAUUGAGAGCAGGCACCUGGAAGACAAAAACCACCUUCACCUCCUCCUACCUACAAGAAGUUACAUUCAAAUCUCUGGAGGUGUUCUCUCUGGGCCCCAUUGUCGCAGCCCAAGAGAUCCUCUAG